UCAGCCUGAGCGGGGAGCUGCCCUCCUGUAGGGGUGGGAGAAUGGAGUGCUCGGGUGUUGGGUUUGAGCCUGAAGGUGUUCUGGCCUGUUUUGGUCAACGAGAUUUGAUCGCCACAAUGCCAGAUAGACUGGAUGUACUGACUGGCUCCUGUGUGCAAAUCCCAUGUUCAUUUGAUAUUCCUCACCAAAAUAAGUAUACAUUUAACAGCACAAUAUUAACCUCUGGAGUGUGGAUUAAAGGAAACUUAAACUUUCGUGAGCGUCCGGACAGAGUGAUAUUUAACAGUAGUAAGUUGGUCAACAGAUAUCAAGGGGAGAUAACUGGAAACAUGUCCCAGAAGAACUGCACCACAGUCUUCUUCAAUGUAACCACCAAUUACACUAAUAAAUACUUCUUCAGGAUUGAGAGUCAACCAUUCCGUGCAACAGACACUGAAAAGUCUGUUAAUAUAGUUGUCAGUGAUUUGCCUUCCAGUCCCAUCAUUACUGUCUCAGGUGAGGUGAAGGAAGGGACCCCUGUCAGCUUGAACUGCUCUGCUGUCGCUCCCUGUCCCGAACACCCCCCUGAGCUGACAUGGACUCUCCCAACACAGUUCACACCUGAGAACCAACUGCAGGAGAAUCCAGACCAAACCAAAUCAGUUCUCUCCACGGUGACCUUCACUCCGUCAUACCUUCAUCAUGAGAAGAACAUCACUUGUACUGCAGUCUACCCAGUAGGGACAAGCAACAAGACAGCUGAACAUAACAUGAUGCUUAACGUUUCAUUCUCUCCUAAGGACACCUCGGCCUCCAUCAGUCCAGCUGAUCCAGUAUCAGUGGGCAGCUGUGUUAAUCUGACCUGCAGCAGUACAGCCAACCCUCCUGUGACAAACUUCACCUGGUUCAAGAUCAGUGAGGGUAAAACAACACAGGUAGCAUCUGGACUGAGUUACACCCUCAAUGUUACUGUUGGUGAUGGAGGACUGUACUACUGUGAAGCAAGAAAUAGUCACGGCUGUGGGAAGUCAAAUGAAGUGCAGCUGGCUAUAAAAGGGCAAGAAGAGCCUGUUAACCCAAAGGUUUUUGAGAUUGUAGGAAAAACCUUGGGGUUG